CCAAUCGCAGUUGGACUCUAAAUGUAAUAAUGUUCAGGUAAAAUGCUCACAGAGGUGAUCGCGUCUUUUGGUUCAAAGUCGUCAGGCCUGGAGUGCCGCAAGCGUCCGCGUGAAAGUUGACCUUGUAGGUUCAAAGGUUAUUGGUUUAGAGGUGAGUCACAAGACAGCGGCGUACGGACCUGUACGUGACUCCUGCAUAAAAAGACAUACAUGUCCAUACAUGUAGUACGACCGUGUAACCUACAAGCUGAUAAAGGUGGCCAUUCAUGAGUGACAGUUUUCUAUACCUUGCGGUCGGACAACAGCACAAUGGGCAUUCUUCAUGUGGCAACAGUCUUUGUCAUCCUGUCUUUCAUGGCACCCGUCCAUUCGGUGUUGCCUGGCAACCCCCUUGUGAUUGACAUGACCCACACAUUUGACGAAAACACCAUCUACUGGCCGACAUUAAGGCAUUUUAAGAUGACCGGCGUGUUGAGGAACUACACAGUUGACGGUACCUGGCGCGAGGAGUCUGACAUAGAGGGGGCAGAGCAUGGUGGGACACACCUGGACGCACCUGCGCACUUCAGUAAAAACAAGUGGAGAAGUCAUGAUAUUCCCGUGAAGCGGCUGAUGGGACCCGCGGCUGUAGCUGACGUGUCUCCAAAGACAGCUGCUGAUGCGGACUAUCUGGUUACUGCAGAAGACUUUCAGCUGUGGGAGGAGAAACACGGCAAAAUCCCAGAUGGAUGCCUUCUCUUUGUAAAAACCGGAUGGGGUAAGUUUUGGCCCAACAAACUCCUGUACCUUGGUACGGACACAAGGAACACGUCAUUACUGCACUUCCCCGGAUUACACCCAGAUGGUGCUCGGUGGCUGGUACAGAACCGCGGGAUGCAUGCUGUUGGAAUCGACACGGCCUCCAUCGACUACGGGCAGUCUAAAAAGUAUGAGACACAUCAAAUUCUACUUGCUCACAAUGUUCUGGCGUUUGAGAACGUGGCGAAUAUGGACAAGCUGCCCACUACCGGGGCCACAGUGUACGCACUGCCGAUUAAGAUUGGUGAUGGCAGCGGCGGACCUGUCCGGAUUGUUGGCAUUAUUGAGAACACAAAAAAUCCGGUUAGAACGCCACGACCAGGUCAGGGUCAACAGGUGAUUGACAUGACCUACACGUUGGAUGAUACCACGUUGUACAGGCCAGGGAGGAAGCCCUUCAGACUCGCCGAUGUGUUCAGGAACUACACCGGCGAGUACUAUUAUGAAGGCUCUGUAAUACAGACGACAGAGCACGGAGGAACACACAUGGACGCGCCUGUGCACUUCAGUAAAAACAAAUGGAAAACUGAUGAUAUUCCCGUGGAGCGGCUGAUGGGACCAGCGGCUGUAGUUGACGUGUCUCCAAAGGCGGCUGCUGAUGCGGACUAUCUGGUUACUGCAGAAGACUUUCAGCUGUGGGAGGAGAAACACGGCAAAAUCCCAGAUGGAUGCCUACUCUUCGUUAAGACCGGAUGGGGUAAGUUUUGGCCCGACGAGCUCCUGUACCUUGGCACAGACACAAGGAACACGUCAUUGCUGCACUUCCCCGGACUACACCCAGAUGGCGCUCGGUGGCUGGUACAGAACCGUGGGAUGCACGCUGUUGGGAUCGACACGGCCUCUAUCGACUACGGACAGUCUACGGUGUAUGAGGCGCAUCAGGCCCUGUUUGGAAACAAUAUCCCAGUGUUUGAGAACGUGGCUAAUUUGGACCAGCUCCCGGCAGUGGGGUCUGUGGUGUUCGCCUUGCCGAUGAAGAUUAGAGGCGGCAGCGGAGGACCUGCCAGGAUAGUAGGAUUUGUGAACAAACAGGAGUAUUCGCCGACUCAUGUUGAUCUGUAAAAAUUAUACUUACUGUCACAAUCAAAUAAUUUUAUUAAAGAAAUUUUCCUUUCCUUGCCAUGCUUACGUUUAGGUGCAUCAGACAUCUUUCUUGGAGCUUCUGGCUGGAGUUCUGCUUCUCGCCGCUUUUUUUUUUUAAUCUCUACAUGUCCUAUGUAGUAUAUGUAAACAGGAUAGGAGAAUUAAAGAAGCAUGCUAGAUAAUGUAGACGAUUCCAGUCAUAAACCGGGACUAGGGGAGGUAUAAGCUCAGUCACGUUUAGGAUUGUGUUUUUUAACAGCAAAAGCGCCACUACAUAUAGCGGCGAGAAGUAGAAUUCCAGUCCGCAAAACUGUUUUCCAGAGACAUCCGUGUUGUUGUUAUGGAAUGUGAACUCAUCAGGUGUACAAGGCACAGCACCUUUGUGUUCUAUGUUCUAACCGUUACUCUGGUAUACCUUUCAUUUAGCCUUACACACUCUUGUUAUUCUAUCAGAUAUCUUUUUUUAUAUAUUUUGUCAGAAAUAUCUAGAUUCCAAACAAAACUAAAACAGAUUUAUCUAGAUGCACAAUUGCAUAUUUGAAUAUGCUGCCUUGGCAUCACGAAAAAAUAUUUUCAAAAAUGUUUUGUCCAUGCGAAUAUGUGUCAUUUUAUGUUGUAUAUUUGCAUAUAUGUAUCUCCGGCCCCCUAUAUUGACAGCCGUGCAUUUUUAAAAAGACAGUUGAGGCAUUUUACCCAUUGUCGAAAUUUCUAUGAUUUGCUAUGACAUUGACGAGAUCUAUGUAGCUUUAAAUAUAGUGACUAUAUUUAUAGUGUUAUUUUAAA